CCACUGUGGUAAUGACCGCGUCGGCGGUGUCGUCGACGUACGCGACGACGGUCGCGCCGUCAAUGUCUACCAACGCCGCCGCCGCCGCUACUAACGCUACCGCUGCUGCCGCCGUCGCCGCCGGCUUCACUAUUACUCGUGCCGCCGUUGCUGCCGCCGCUGCCGCUGUUACCGUCGCUGCGUUCUGUACUACUACCGGUGCUGCUGCCGCAUCGACUACUACAUCAUCCGACAUUACUACCGCCGACACUACGACUACUGAUACUACUUUUACUACUACCACUACUACUAUUACUCGCUCUACUAAUUCUAACGCUACUGCGAAUAAUACUACCACCACUCCUAGUGAUACUCCGACUCGCACCGUCACCACGACCACUACGACUACUGAUACCGUAACCAUUAUUGCGUUUACCGGUGCUGCGACGACUGUUAUUACCACUACGGCGGUGGCGGCGACGACGACUCGGUGGUCAGCCGCGUUACGCCACCAUCUACACUGAUAUUAUGGGCCGCCGCGUAGCCCGCACCGUUUUACGGCAACGUCGUCGUCGUGUGCGGCCAGCGGACCGCCGCCGUCGCGGGCCUUGUGUUGUUAUGGUCGAUUGUGCGGGUCACCAGCCCGGCGACGCGACAUGAUCUCUGGCGUCGACACGACGCUACAACGCAUCACCAAAGUCGUCAAAUCGUCGUUUCCUCAGGCAGUUGCAGCUGUUGUACAACAUUACCGUCACCAUCGCCACCGCCACCACUACGCGCUACCGACUCAUCCGUCAAGUACAAGGAGGAAAAAUGCGGAUUCCGAGGCGAAACGGCCGGAUCGGUUGUGAUAGAGUGGUGGCGCCGGUUCCGGCGGUACAAUGCGCGCUGCCAGCACCGGCGGCGGUCUCAUCCGUCUCGUCGUCAUUUGGCCGAUGGUGCUCGCAGCGCUGGUCAUGACCGCAACCGGCGCCUCGCCAACGUCCGCCGCGGCGUACGCCGCUACGGCCACAGUCACGGCCGCCACGGCCACGGUCACCGUGGUCGCCGCGAUGCACCGGACCGGGCCGCAGCCUUCGUCCACGUCCCCGUCGCCGUCAAAGCCACCACCGUCGCCGCCGCCGCCACCGGCCGCGGACAACGCGACGGCCGGCACCGCGGCCUGCGAAUUGGUGCGCGUGUCGCUCCGGGAGCCGGCGUGCACCGGACAGAUAAGCGAGGGCCCGGGCCCGCCGCGGUGUCCCGCGGCCAUCCCGUGCGCCCGACAUGCCGAUAACGAUAACGAUAAUAAUAAUUAUAAUAAUAAUAAUAAUAAUGUUAAUUACGAUUACAAUAAUAAAAACGAUAACGAUAGUAAUAAUAUUAAUAAUUAUAAUAACGAUAACGAUAAUGAUAAUAAUGAUAAUAAUAAUAAUAAUAGUAGUAAUCAUCAGUGCCUUGAAUACGCCCGUCGGCAGCUCAUACCGGCCAUGUGCCCGGACGACCCGGGCGCGUACCGCCGGCCCGGCCGGCUGUCCCGGUACCGGCUCCGGCACUGCUGCCACCACACCGUCGAGUCGGUCGUACAGGAGCCGUACGCGGACAAGGAGUCGUGCGUCGACCAGGUGAACAAGGCGCUUGACAUGGACGAUAUCGCGGCCGCCAUGUCAUGUCAGUUCAACGAGGUGUUGGCCAGGUACGACUGCAAGCAAAAGUACUCGGCCAAGUCGUGCGAUUCGUGCAAGGACGCUUACGCUCUGUGGGCGUGUGCCGCGGUCCUGCCUCACUGGACCAGGACGACGGCGAAACAGGGACGCCGCGGCCGUUACAGGGUGAACGCUUGCCGGUCAGUGUGUCUGGAGGCCGAACAAAAGUGUCCGUGGCUGCUUCCGGUGGCCGACGACGCCAACCCGUACGCCGGCGAGGCAUCGUUCACGUGUAUAGAUCCGGACAUAUGGUUCCAGACGUCGGCGACGGACGUGACCGAACAAUGCUGCUACGAACAUUGUGCGGACGGCCUGUGCGUGCGGAACGCAUCGCUGUGCAACGGUGACAGUGGCGGCGACCCUCAGAGACCGGUGUGCGUGGAAAACGUUCCGCUGGCGGUCGAGGUGUCUCUGUGCACCGAUUACAGUCUGACCGACACGUCGUCGGGCCGUGGUCGACCGGAGCUGCUGCCACUUCGGCUCAUGUUGUGGGCGGCAUCGGCGCUGGCGCUGGCAGCGGCGGCGGCCGUCACGUAGUGGCCGACGAGGCGACGACGGCGACGACGACAGCGACGACGACGAAGACGACGAAGACGACGAAGACGGCCGACGGCGGGGUGAUCGGAGACGGAAAAGCAAAAAACGCGAUUUCUGAAAAAUUAUAAAUCCAUUAUUAUUAUUAUUAUUAUUAUUAUUAUUAUUAUUAUAAAUUAUUGUUGUUAUUAUUGUUAUGUCACUUAUUAUUGUGAACGGACGAGGUUUUCAUCUCAAAAAAAAAAAAAAAAACGAAACCGAAAAAUAAUAAUAGUAAUUUAUUAUUAUAGUAUGAAAAAUAAAUAAUAACGAAAAUAACGACGGACCGUCCGUCCGAUGGACGCGGACGCAACGGGCACGAGCAGUACCUAUAAUGGCUCGUCAUCGUUACUUGUGGGCGGCCGGUGAACCGGAGGGAGCUUGACACCUCUCUGACAGGGUCCUCGUUCCUGAUAAGACUAUUAUUAAAAUACAUAUACAAUACAUUAUAUUGUUAUAAAAAUGCACACACACACACACACAUAUACAGACACCCACACACCCACACACACACACACAAACGAGAGGCGUAACUAGGGACGUUGCGUGGGAGUGGAUUUGUCACCUCUUUCAACAAAUAAUUCAAACCUCGGUUAGGUAUUAAAUAGGCUAUCUGCAGAAAUUGUCAAAAAUAUAAUAUGAUAUCCCCAUUUUAGCCCCGUCUUCGCGAGAACGGUUGUGUCACACACCAGCGACGUACCUGUGCGGGACGAGUGGUAGGUACAUAUAUAUUACUUGUCCCCCCAUCCCUCCCCCCUCAAAACAACAUUCAAACCACAGCGUACGUUAAAAUUAUUGAAAAUAAAUAUUAUGAAUACUAUCGAAAGCAAUAAAAUAUAUAAUAUUUUAUACAUCUGCGUUUUGGCCUAGUUUGAUUGUCUGGUUACGCCCAUUUCCACACGCACACACACCCACACACACACACCCACACACACACACACACACCCCACGAUCGUUGGCGCCGCAGGUUUUUUCAGACCGGGACCAAUAUAAUAUUAUUAUGAUAAAUAAACGGACGACGAACGCGCGCAAUGAUUAUAAUAUACUGACGUUCAUGAUAUUAUUAUGAUUAUUAUAUAUAAAAAAAAAAAAAAACACUGCGCAAGACGUAACGCAAUUAGUAUAUUAUUAUUAUCAUAACACUUUCGACGCGGACAUUAUUUAAUUAAAUAUUAUUGUGUUGUUGUAGUGCUAAGAACGUUGUAAUCUAUAUUAUAAAGCGUUACCGCUAUUAUACUAUUAUUAGGUCGUAGUGAGUUGCGUGACUCGAUGUCCGAGUGAAUUGUAUAAAGUGAGAAACGGAUUCACGCAUUUGUUUAUUUUUUUUUUCCGUUCUAUUUUCUUGUUUGUUUGUUUGUUUUUUUUUUUGUUUUUUGAAUUUCAAUAUCUUAUACGGAGACAUUAAAAUAUAGUGAAUAAGGAAAUUCGGAAACGUCACGUGCACGACGAUCAAUAAUUAUUAUACGAUAAUAUUAUUAAGUCGAUUAAUUUAUAUCGCCAGCACUACGGAUCGUUUUCAUCUUUAUUAAAGUUAUACUCGUCACCGACACGAUUUUCAACUUUACAUUUUUAGUGCACGCCACCUGUCAAAUGCGCUGUUUUAUGGCAAUCUCACGAUAAAUUGCGCUUGAAUUACUCAAACGAUUUCACACGACGAUCUAAUCACGAAAAUAAUCAAUGAUUAUUUGGGGGGUUUUUUGUACCCACAAUAUUAAAAUUUAAACAUUUUACAAAAUAAAUUAAACUUAAUUAUUUGAAAUAAGUAAAAUUUUUCUUGUGUUCAAUUCCAUAAUUAUGCAAAAACGUAUGUAUUCAUCUUCUACAAGUUAUAAAAACGAAUUAAAUCUCCCCAGAGCGAUAGACGCCUGUCACAAAUUUUUUUUUAAACUAUUUUAUUUUAGUAAGUGAUGUAGGUUGUAUUUUUUACUUUUUAAAUUACAUAAUAAUUGAAUGUAUGUAUAAAAUGUAAUAGUAGGUAUGUCCCGUGCCAUAUAGAUUCGUACGGGUGAUCUUUAGCAUAUUGUGAUUAUUAGCUUCUAUCGUUUUAAGUUUUUUGUUAAUUUAAUAUUUUCAAUAAAUUUGUUUUACUAAUGUUUUAGAAUUUCUGGAGAUGAAUUAGUUAAAUUUUGUUUAAGACAAUAAUAUUAUUGUUGUUUCUGUUUACGCGUAGAAAAAAACUUACAAAUAGGACCUUUAAAAAAAAAAAAAAAAUGUUCUUGGGCCUGCAAAUUGGAAAGUGUUAAAAAUAUAUUGUUCCUGUUAGAAUUUAAAUUUAUAAAAUAUGCUAAAUUUGUUGUGGGAUUUACCAUGUUCGAAUAUAAUUAUAAAAUACAAAUAUUGUAAUAAUUUAAAAUAAAUAUAGGGUUAAUUUUUAUAAUUUGACUGGUUUAGGUAAACAUGGUUGCAAAAAUAUAUUAUCUAUAGAUAAUAAAUGUAUAUAUCUAUAUAUUAUUUAUUUAAAUAAAUAUAUAUAUAAUACGAGUUAGCUUUAUUUGUAGGUAGUUCCGUCCAAAAAUAUUAUAUUGUAGUUUAUAAACAAUAUCUCGUACUUACGGCCUACAGAACGUUAAAUUUAAUUGAGCAAUUUAUUUUCAAAUCUUAUUUCAUGCCCUUCAAUUGUAAUUUUUUGUUUUUAUUUUAUUUUUUGUUUUUGUGCCAAUUUAAAUCUUACUUAAGUCAAUAUUAUUAGAAAAGUGCUCAAUAUAUAUUGUAAAAAUUGAUAGACUUAGAAAUGAAAAGAAAUGUCAAAUCUUAUUAAGUAUAUUAUUGUAGGUUUAAUAUUUUUAAAUAAAUUAUUUAAGAUUAUUUUUUAACUAUAUAAUAAAUUACGGAUUUCUCAAAGAAAUUAUAAAUUAUGGUAUAAAUCUAUCAGCCGGCUUGUCGGAAUGAACCCAUCAUUUUUUUAUUUCAAUAUCAGUUUUAUUGUACUUGCUCGAUGAAAGGAAACUAUUUGUCUUACAAUUAUGUGAUAUUUUUCGAAAAUACUUUUUGAAACUGUUUAUGUAAUUGUAACAAAAGAUUUAAUGAAAAAAAAAAUACAGAUCAAUUUGAGCACGAAA